AACGUAUCAACUUGGGUUACAAUGUCACACCUUCUCAUCUAGGCCAGAUAAAAUUGGGCUACAAAACAUAUAUAUGAAAUUUCUACACAAAUCAACUUAGAAAGAAACGGUGGAAAGAUUCCACAACGGUAACAAUGAAACGAGUCCAUGUGGACAACUACGCCCCCAAAUACUACAGUGGCAAGUGGUCGUGGGACCAAAAAAAGGACGCCCUCCACUUUGAGCCGCACAAUGAUCUGGAGAACGCUAGGGAGCGCUUCGUCCUGACCAACGGGUUCAAGUUCCUGCGUACGCUGGACCAGGAGGAGGAGUUGAUCUUCCGACAGGACUAUAUGCGAGCCACCAGCACCUUUGACGGCGACACGGUGAUCCUCGAUGACAUACGUGACCUGGUGCUGUACUCUAUGCCGUCCGAGUUUAUUUCGUACAAAUUCAUCAAGUUCAUGCACACCCAGAAAGUGUACAACCUCGUCCACUCUCUGAUUAUCUACUUCGAGUACUUCCUGCGCAUGGUGGAGUACGUGAUGAUACGCCGCGACGAGAUCUCUGGAAAGAUGGCCCAGAUCCAGAGCGCCCAGACCAACGAAAUGAAGCAAAACUACUCGACCUAUCUAAGCCAGUACCGCAUGCUGGUGGCCCGCAAUUACUGCGAGAUCGUCAAGGGCGAGGGCGACAUGGCGGAGUUCUACCACAUGAAGGAAGUUUCGAAUAUAUCGGCCACCAUUGCCGACAAGGCUUUCCACGAGCAGUUCCUGGCCUCAGCCAUCCAGAUGGUGUGGAUUUGCAUGCACCGGCGGGCCUAUUUCAUAAUCGAGAUGGAAAUGAAUCGCCUUUUUCGUUCGGAGCACUUUGUGUUCAUCCGGCCUGAGUACCUCAGCUAUACUGCCGCGGAGCGCAGUCUACUCUACGGGAAAAAUAAAAAAAACUUGAAUUACCGGGCCCAGCUGUCGCCUCUUAUUCAGGAGCUGGAACUGGUCACCGAGGAGGACUUGCCGAUUCUGUGGAUUGGGCGAAGAAUGUAUCGCGGCACAAACAACCGUAUCGCCGAGAUGGAGCUGGAGUACCUAGUGCCCGGGUCGCAGUUGCGCCUUAUUGACGUGGCGCAUGGAAUUCUGGGGCAUCCGAAAGAGCUCUACAACACCCUCUUGCAACUGGACUGGCCUGCUGUACGAUGGUGGAACUUUUCGGAGAAGUACGAUCCCUACCACAUCAUCCGGCAUCCUUACUUAGAGAUCCCGAAGAUCGGAGCAGCCAACGUCCGGAAGAUGAGUCAGUACUUGGAGCACUUUUACGAGAUCAAGAAUGAGUUUGAGGUUGCCAGCCACCACCUGAUUCUCAAAUGGGUCAAGCGCGACAUAACCAUUCAGUUCUACCGCUCUGGUGGCCUCCUCACCAACGUGGUGUCCCGCUGCGAGAAGGAGCUGGCCAGCACAAGCUCCGGUCCAUCCGUUGAUCAGAUUAUCGCCCGUUACUUCCGCAUUAUGGCCAAAAUACGUAAAAAGGAUAGCCUCACAGAGGAUACAUUGUAUUGAAACACCCAAACAAAUUUUGGGUGCUAUAUACAAAUAUUUCUAUGUGAUCUUCUACGAUCUUCUACAUAGGCAUAUUUAUAACCAUAAAAACUUAUUCAUGAGCAUAA